AUGCGCGGAAUCCAGAUCAAGGAAUAUGUCAAGGGCCCCUCAGACCUCCGCGUAACCGACCUCCCCGACCCUAUACCCUCUCCAGACCAGUACCUCAUAGCAAUCCACGCCACCGCAACGAACUUCUUCGACCUCCUCCAAAUCGCCGGCAAAUACCAAAACCAGCCUCCUCUCCCCUGGAUCUCCGGCGCCGAAUUCGCCGGCGUAAUCCUCUCGACCCCAACCUCCUCCGCCUCACCCCCCAAAUACAAGGUCGGCGAUCGCGUCUUCGGCGCCUCCCAAGGCGGCUACGCCACCAAGGUAGCCGCCACCGAAGCCGUGCUCAAGCCCGUGCCGAAGGGCUGGUCGUACUUCGAAGCCGCCGGCCUGUUCGUAACCGCGCCCACCUCCUACGGGGCCCUCGUCACACGCGCAGGCGUCAAGGAGGGCGACUACGUCCUGGUGCACGCGGCCGCCGGCGGCGUGGGGCUCGCAGCGGUGCAGAUCGCCAAGGCGUUCGGCGCGACGGUCAUCGCGACCGCUGGGACGCAGCACAAGCUCGACGUCGCCAGGAGCUUCGGCGCGGAUCACGGCGUCAACUACACGGAUCCCGCGUGGCCGGAUCUCGUGAGGAAGAUUACGCCGAGGGGGAGGGGCGUCGAUAUCGUGUUCGACCCGGUCGGCAUGAUUGAUAAGAGUACCAAGUGCAUUGCGUGGAACGGGCGGCUCCUGGUUAUCGGGUUUGCGGCUGGCGCGAUCGAGAAGGUGGCCAUGAAUAAGGUCCUGUUAAAGAAUAUCAGUAUCGUGGGGCUGCAUUGGGGAGCGUAUGCCACGUAUGAGCCGGAGAUGGUGGAGCCGGUUUGGGAGGGCUUGUUCAACUUGAUUGAGGCGGGGAAGUUUAGGGGGACGGUGUUUACGGAUAAAGAAUUUGUGGGCUUGGAGACGGUGCCAGAGGCCCUCAAAGCACUGGGAAGUAGGGGUACUUGGGGGAAGGUUGUUGUCAAGGUGCCACAGGAGGGGCAGAGUAAGCUGUAG